AAUUGUGCGAUAUAGCUAGGAACCCGUCUAUAGGACGGCAAGUGUUUGGGUUGAUCCACACGCACACACAAACAUAGUCUCAACUUGAGCGUAAGUGCGUAAGCUGUCCUUCCUUCGCUAGACGUAGCAAAAGGCCGGACGUUUUCGCAGCCCGAAACGUAAACGUCGUCGAUACAGUUGCAACCAGCAGCAGGCUUCCGAGUGUCGUCAUCGCGGAAGCGCAGCCAUUCCUUCGCGAGGAAAACGUUCGAACAGACGAAAACAACGACGCAAUCAAAGCAACAGCAAUAUGCCGGCCCGCUUCGAGGAAGUGACCGCUACUGACACCCGUCGCGGUGUCCCCAUCGAUCUCGCCGGGGGACACUACGAUGUCGACGCUGGUGUGGGUGGCCACGUCGGCCACCGGCCCGCCAUCUUGGAUGACAUCUGCAUCACAGGCUUCUCCGGCCGGUUGCCCGAAAGCUCCGACAUUGGGGAGUUCACGCGUAAUCUGCUGGAGGGUGUCGAUAUGGUAAAUGAUGACGAUCGCCGCUGGCCCGCCGGUUUGUACGAUCUGCCGACCCGCAUCGGUAAAAUUAAGGACGAGGAUCUGCAACAUUUGGAUGCGGAGUUCUUCAAAAUUCACCAGAAGCAGGCCGAGUGUAUGGAUCCGCAGUUGCGCAUGCUGUUGGAGUGUACCCACGAAGCGAUCAUUGAUGCUGGCAUCAAUCCACAGGAAAUACGCGGUAGUCGUACCGGCGUUUAUAUCGGUUGCUCAAAUUCCGAAACCGAGCAGCACUGGUGUGCCGAUCCGGACCUAGUCAAUGGGUACGGUUUGACCGGAUGUGCCCGUGCAAUGUUCGCGAACCGCAUCUCAUACACCUUCGACUUCAAAGGUCCCAGUUACGCGGUCGACACCGCCUGUUCCAGUUCCCUGUUUGCGCUUUCGCAGGCGUUCGCCGACAUGAGGGCGGGACACUGUGAUGCGGCGAUCGUGGCCGGCUGUGGUCUCAUUCUGAAACCGACCAUGUCGCUGCAGUUCAAGAGAUUGAACAUGUUGAGCAAAGACGGCAUGUGCAAAGCGUUCGACGAGUCGGGCAAUGGAUAUGUCCGGUCGGACGGUUGUGUCGUUACCUUUCUUCAGCGUGCCUCCAACUCGCGUCGCAUCUACGCGAGCGUGCUGAACGUGCGCACAAACACGGACGGGUUUAAGGAGCAGGGCAUCACGUACCCGAUCGGUGAAAUGCAGAAACGAUUGAUCCGGGAGACGUACGAGGAGAUCGGGCUAAACCCGGCGGACGUGGUGUACGUGGAGGCGCACGGUACCGGCACGAAGGUGGGCGACCCGCAGGAGGUGAACGCCAUUACCGACUUUUUCUGCAAGGAUCGCAAAACUCCACUGCUGAUCGGUUCGGUAAAAUCAAACAUGGGCCACUCGGAACCGGCGUCGGGCGUAUGCUCGAUUGCCAAGAUCUUGAUCGCGAUGGAGCAGGGCGUGAUACCCGGCAAUCUGCAUUACAAAAACCCCAAUCCGGAUCUUUACGGUUUGCUGGAUGGACGGCUGAAGGUGGUGGAUCGUAAUCUCCCCUGGAACGGAGGUAUCAUUGGUUUGAAUUCGUUCGGAUUCGGUGGAGCGAACGCGCACGUCAUCCUGAAGUCAAACCCGAAACCAAAACCGAUCAGUCCGAAGGAUGAUGGAUUCCCGAAGCUGAUGGUGGCCUCCGGCCGUACAACGGAAGCCGUGGAAGCGUUCCUCGACCAAGCGGCAGUUAGCAAGGACGAUGAAGAAUUCGUUGGGAUCGUGAAUGAAAUUCACAGUCGCAAUAUUCCGCUGCACAAUCAUCGCGGAUAUACGGUGGUGGCCGGUGAUGGACAGUCGCAAACAGUUCGCGAGGUGCUGGAGGUGGGCGCAGAUUCCAAGCGGCCCGUUUGGUUUAUCUACUCCGGCAUGGGUUCGCAGUGGGCUAGCAUGGCGAAGGAUUUGAUGCAGCUGGAGGUGUUCCAUAAUAGCAUUUAUCGCUGUGCGGAAGCACUCCGUCCGGAGGGUGUCGAUCUGAUCGAUGUGCUGACGAAGAGUGACGACACAAAGUUCGAUAACAUUCUGAACUCGUUCAUCUCGAUUGCGGCCGUGCAGGUGGCGCUCACGGAUGUUCUCACGCACGUUGGCAUCGUACCGAACGGUAUGGUGGGCCAUUCCGUUGGUGAGCUGGGAUGUGCGUAUGCCGAUGGGUGUUUCACGCCCGAACAGACCGUACUGGCCGCUUACUGGCGAGGCCGUAGCAUUCACGACACGGACCUAAUUGCUGGCCAGAUGGCAGCGGUUGGACUUUCGUGGGAGGAAUGCAAACAGAAGCUCCCGAAGGAUGUCAUACCCGCAUGCCAUAACAGCGCGGACAGUGUUACCAUUUCCGGUCCGGUCAAUUCCGUGGGAAAGGUUAUCGCGGACCUGAACGCGCAAGGUAUCUUUGCCAAGGGUGUCAAAUCGUCGGGCAUUGCGUUCCACAGUCGGUACAUUGCUGAUGCGGCACCGAAACUGCGCAAAUCGCUGGACAAGAUCAUUCCCAACCCGAAGAAUCGUACGCCGCGUUGGAUCAGUACGAGCAUACCGGAGGAAUCGUGGCCAACACCGUUAGCACAACAAUCGUCGUCGGCGUACCACGUGAACAAUCUGCUAUCGCCGGUUCUGUUUGCGGAAGGAUUGAAGCAUGUGCCGGAAAAUGCGAUCUGCAUCGAGAUUGCACCGCACGGUUUGCUGCAAGCGAUUUUGAAGCGCGCCCUCGGUAAGGAUGCCACCAAUCUGAGCCUGAUGAAGCGUGAUCAUGCGAACAAUAUGAUCUUCCUGCUGAGCAAUCUUGGCAAACUGUAUGCUGCCGGUGCUCAGCCGCAAGUGCAAAAUUUGUACCGUCCGAUUACGUACCCAGUUGGUCGUGGAACUCCGAUGUUGAACUCUUUAGUGAAGUGGGACCAUUCGAUCAAUUGGUUCCUUGCGCGCAUUGGCGUUGAAAAUAAAUCGGGAGAAACAAUCAUCGAAGUCAACCUCGGAAAGGAUGAAGAUGCCUACUUAGCCGGUCACACAAUUGACGGUCGUGUCCUGUUCCCGGCAACCGGUUAUCUUACGCUCGCCUGGAGAACCUACGCCAAAAUGCAAGGAGCGGACAUUGAAAAAACGCCAGUCGUUAUCGAAAACGCUGUGUUCCACCGUGCCACGAUCCUUCCGAAGGAUGGUUCGGUGAAGUUCGGUAUUAACUUCUUCGAUGGCACCGGGGCGUUUGAGAUUUGCGAAGGUGGCACGUUGGCCGUGUCCGGCAAGCUUACGAUUCCGGAAAAGAUCGAACUGGAGGAGCUGCCGCUAAACAAACUCGAGGCGGACAAAUCAGGAUUGCCGUUGAACAUGAGCGAUGUUUACAAAGAGCUGCGUCUGCGUGGCUACGACUACGCGAAUAUGUUCCGCGGUGUAACGCGCAGCGAUUCUAGAGCUCUUACCGGUGAGCUGCAGUGGCGCGACAACUGGGUCAGCUUUAUGGACACGAUGCUACAGUUCAGCAUUCUUGGAAAGGAUCUGCGCGAGUUGUACCUGCCGACCCGCAUCGAGAAGAUCGUCAUCAACCCGGCACGCCAUAUGGAACUGGUGAGCAACCUCACGCAGACCGGUGAUGAUCGCACAAUUCCAGUGUACAUGUACCGUGACAUUAACGUCAUUAAGUCGGGUGGAGUGGAGAUGCGUGGACUGCGUGCCACACUGGCUCCUCGCCGCCAGGGUACACAGGCUGCGCCGACACUCGAGAAGUACGCGUUCGUACCGAACUACAACGAAAAGGAGCUCGCGGAGGAUAACAGCGAGAAGGCACGGUUGCGGUCUAUUACGGCAGCCGUACAUCUGGUGAUUGAAAACAGUUCCGGUGCAUUGAAGAUAAAGGUCGCUGAGGCAAGCUUUGAACGUUCGCCCGAAAAUACGAUGGCCGGUACGGUGCAAGCGAUCAUCGAGGGUGAACCAACGUUGGCCAGCGAUGUGGCCGUCGUCACCAGCCACCAACCGGACACCUUGGUGCAGCAUUACGGCGAAUCGGGUGUUCGAGUCAUCAACAAGGACGCAGCGGCCGGUCCGAUCGAGCAGAACUGUCAUCUGGCCAUCGGAUACGACACGUUCGGACGUGCCGAUCCGGAUGCAAUCCUAUGCAAUUUGCGUGACUCGAUCAAAUCGGAUGGUUUUGUGCUGUUGGAAGAAUCGCGCAGUACGUUCGAUGCACGCAGCCGUGCAACGAUUGCAAAGGCAGGAUUCACGAUCAUCAGCACGCAAGUGUGUGAUAAGAAGGUGUUUGUGGUACUGCGACCGAUCAUAGCAGAAUUGGCACAGCGCAAGAGUAUCAUCAUCGCAAUAAGCGAACGCUCCUUCAACUGGGUGGAAGAAUUGAAGGCGGCAUUGGCAAAGGCGGAAGAAGCCUCGACAUAUGUAUACAUCGUGUGCCAGGGCGAGGAACUCUGCGGUGCCCAAGGUCUGAUGAACUGCGUCAAAAACGAGCUGGGCGGAAAGUUUGCCCGGCUUUACUUCAUCCAGGACCGCAAGGCGGACAAAUUUUCGAUCACCGGCCCACUGUACAAGGAACAGCUGGCGAAGGAUCUGAUCUGCAACGUGCUCCGUCCGGCAAAUGGAACGCCGACGGCCGCCUGGGGCUCAUUCCGUCAUUUGCGUUUGGACAACCAAUCGAAUGCACAAUCGCUACCGGUAGAGCAUGCGUAUAUUAACGCACUCACCAAGGGUGAUCUGGCGAGUCUGAAGUGGAUCGAGAGUUCGCUUUCUCGCGAUCGUCCGGAUGCGGCGGCACGUAACGAUCGCACGGAACUGUGCACGGUUUAUUACGCACCGAUCAAUUUCCGUGAUGUGAUGCUGAGUUCUGGUAAGCUCGGGGCUGACGCUCUGCCCGGUGAUCUGGCCACGCAGGACUGCAUCUUGGGUCUGGAGUUUGCCGGUCGCGACUCCAACGGACGACGCAUCAUGGCGAUGGUACAGGCGAAAUCACUUGCUACGACGUGCGUUGCGCAGCGCAACAUGAUCUGGGAGAUACCGGACAAUUGGACUAUGGAGCAGGCGUCGACGGUACCGUGCGUCUACUCGACGGUGUAUUAUGCGCUGGUCAUGCGAGGCCGUAUGAAGCGCGGAGAGUCGAUCCUCAUUCACGCUGGUUCCGGUGGCGUCGGGCAGGCCGCUAUUUCUGUGGCACUAGCCGCCGGUGUGACCGUGUACACGACGGUCGGUUCGAAGGAAAAGCGCGAAUUCUUGAAGCGUACUUUCCCGCAGCUGACGGAUAGAAACAUUGGCAACUCGCGUGACUGUUCAUUCGAGCAGCUGGUGAUGCGUGAAACGCAGGGCCGUGGUGUCGAUCUGGUACUGAACUCGCUCGCCGAGGAGAAGCUGCAGGCUUCCAUCCGUUGCUUGGGUUUGAAUGGCCGUUUCCUGGAGAUUGGAAAGUUCGAUCUGAACAACAACAGCCCGCUCGGUAUGUCCGUGUUCCUGAAGAACACCUCCUUCCACGGUAUUCUGCUGGAUAGCGUAAUGGAAGGUGAUGAUGAGACGAUCGCCGAGGUCGUGAAGUUGGUGGCCGACGGUAUCAAGAGUGGUGCCGUACGCCCACUGCCAACCAGCGUCUUUACCGAGCAGCAAGUCGAGCAGGCAUUCCGCUUUAUGGCUUCGGGCAAGCACAUUGGCAAAGUGGUGGUGCGCGUGCGGGAAGAAGAGAAGGCGAAGAUCGUGAAACCGUCGUCGAAACUGAUCAAUGCAAUUCCGCGUACGUACAUGCACGCGGAGAAGGUGUACAUUCUGAUCGGUGGCUUGGGAGGGUUCGGUUUGGAGCUGUCGAACUGGUUGGUAUCGCGUGGCGCGAAGAUUAUCGUACUGACGUCCCGAAGCGGCGUUCGUUCCGGCUAUCAGUCGCUGAUGAUUCGUCGCUGGACUGAGCGCGGUGUGAAGGUGGUGAUCGACACGAACGAUGUGACGACGCUGAAGGGUGCCCAGAAGCUGUUGACGGACGCGGCCCGCCAUGGACCGGUCGGUGGUGUGUUCAAUCUGGCUGCGGUAUUGCGUGACGGCCUGUUGGAGAACUCGAGCGAGGCAGACUUCAAGGCGGUGUGCGUACCGAAGGUGGAUGGUACGAAGAAUCUGGAUGUAGCUACCCGUGAACUGUGCCCCGAUCUGGACUACUUCGUGUGCUUCUCGAGCGUUUCGUGUGGACGUGGCAACCAGGGACAGGUGAACUAUGGGCUGGCCAAUUCAGCAAUGGAGCGUAUCUGCGAGGCACGUCAUGCCGCCGGUCUGCCAGCCACCGCCAUUCAGUGGGGAGCGAUCGGUGACACGGGGCUGGUGUUGGAGAACUUGGGCGAUAACGAUACGGUGGUCGGAGGUACGCUACCGCAGCGUAUGCCUUCCUGUCUGCAGACGAUGGACCUGUUCAUGCAGCAACCCUGCCCGGUGCUGGCAUCGAUGGUGAUUGCCGAAAAGCGGAAAACCGAUACGGGUGGCGUUAGUUUGGUCGGUUGCAUCGCAAACAUUCUUGGGCUGAAGGACACGAAAAACGUUUCGGACGGUGCGACGCUCGCCGACCUGGGUAUGGAUUCGCUGAUGGGUGCCGAAAUUAAGCAAACGCUGGAACGCAGCUUCGAUCUUGUGCUGAGCGCUGCUGAGAUCCGGUUGCUCACCUUCGGCAAGCUACGUUCGUUCGAAAAGGGUGGAUCGGGUGGUGAUGCUGGUGCGGUUAGUGGUGCACCGGCUGCAGCGACCGCUGGAGCCGGUGGUAAGCGCACGGAAGAGGACGCCAUCGGGGACGGAACGCAGGUUAAAUUCAGCGCCGAUCUGAUGCCGAAGGAGUGCCUGGUACGGUUGGAAUCGGCUGCCCCGGCAGGAAGCAAAGCGCGACCAGUGUUUGCGGUGCACGCAAUCGAAGGUGUCAUUACGGCGCUGAUUCCGCUUGCCCAAACGCUCCCAGUACCGGUGUAUGGUUUGCAGUGUGUAGAGGAAGCUCCGUUGGAUUCGCUCGAGCUGCUAGCGGCCUACUACAUCAAGCAGAUCCGCACGGUGCAGGCGCGGGGCCCUUACACGGUCAUCGGUUACUCAUUCGGUGCUUCUAUCGCCUACGAGAUGGUGGUCCAGCUGGAAAAGGCAGGCGAUGCGUGUCAUCUGCUGCUGCUGGACGGAUCGCCCCGCUACGUGAGCUGGUACACGGAGGCCCAGAAGCAGCGUAACGCUAACGGGGAGGUCGUGCAAGCCGUUGACGAAGCGUACGCACUGGCGUACUUUGCGAUGGUAUGUGGUAACUUGGACUAUGGACGUACGGCGAAGGAACUGGUGGAAGCAAAAUCGUGGGACGACCGAGUGGCCAAAUGUGCGGAGAUGGUGCAUGCGAAGAAACAGCAGUACUCCCGACAGUUGCUUGCCACAACCGCCAAGUCGUUCGUGGGCAAAAUCGUGGCCAGCCAUAUGUACAAGCCGGCAUCCAAGAUUAAGGCCACGGUAAGAUUGGUCAAGCCAACCGAGAACUACGCCAAACUGCAGGGUGACUACGGACUAUCGGAUCUUUGCCAGCAAAAGAUUGAAAUCUUCACUGUAAAGGGUGACCAUCGAUCGAUGCUAACGGGCGAUUCGAUGAAGGAGAUUGCGAGCGUAUUGCAGCAGCUGUUCUAAACAGGCCGACUCGACGAUGACUCCAUCGCUCCUAUGCGGACCGUGGUGUAAUUUAUUGAAACAAUUUGACGGUUCUUACGGAACGGAGCGGACGCGAUUGGGGAAAGCGCGCGGAUCGAGUGCGACUGCGUAUCAAAAUUUUGUGAUCUUUUUUCCAGUGAUUUCAUGUCGAUGAAUGCUUUACGCAGCACUUUAAUUAUUCUAAUACUUACGCUCAAAUAUCAUUCUUCCGCUAGCUAGGCACGGAAACACCACCUUUGCGAUUGUUGCGUUCGAGAAACAAACAAAAAUCAAUGCAUAACGCUUCUUUUGUACAUAUACACUCUCAUUACCUCUGUAAAAUGCUGAACUAGCAGCAGGAAAUUGGUUACAUGAAAUAACAUUCCCAAAGACGAGCCACCAGUGCCAAUUGCGCUCGUCCUUAGAUAUUAGUGGCAAGGAGAGGAAAAAAACAACAAACAUACGUGACACACAUAGAAUGUAAGUGGAGUUGGGUGUAUUGCAUUUAUAAAAUGCAUCACUUUUGAGAUGUAGUACAGAGUUUAGAAUUUAGAGACUAUAAAAACCCGGUCCCAGAACGGACCGGCGUGUGUGUGAUGGGUGAUCGUUUGAUUGCUAGCACAGUUUGUUGCUACAAGCGAACCACUCAAUAGUUAACAGAAACAUCACAAUUUCAAAACAAAAUCCUUUCGCGAUCCAAUUAAUCUCCGGAUGACAUGAGGGAGCGAUUCAUUUGUACUUUCGUUCGGUUUUUAAGUCUAUAUGGAUUAGUUGUGUUUGCUUUCGCAUUUCGAAUAAUAAUUGCCGUGAAAGUUGAGAAAAAAUUGUUUGCUCGUGUUCCGAAGGAAUCGUACCCGUGAACAUCAGCAUGAAGAGGAGGUUCUUCACAUGACUGGUAUGAAAAUGGAUGGAAGGAAGGGAUAUGGCAUGAGAUGAGGGAUGAAGAAGCGUGUGGAUUUUCUAGGGCAAGGUUUGAGAAAGUGGAGCAGAACAUAAACAAAAAGGGACAUCCAGGUUUUAGCUAUUAAGAGUAAAAUGAUAGAUGUUUAACUUCAUUUGUGGCAGUUAGGACUGUAGAAGAGUUGGCCGAGAAAUAUUGGUAGCUCAGUGUAUACCAAACAUACCAUGUUACUUGCCUUUUGGUAGAUGAUCAGUAGUACAAUAACACUA